UCAAGCUUGGCAAGAAGAGGACGACAGACACCUGCCCGACUUAUAGGUCGAUGCGCGAGCAAUGCCUGAGGAUGAAGUCUGUCGACGGGUACUGGCAAGAUGGAUUCAAAGACCAUAUGCCAGAACGAGACUUCAACGGAAAGGGUUGGAUUAUCAACCCCAAGGCGAAGGGAAGCAACGCGUCAGCACUCACAGGAGAGAAUUGCGUUAUGUGGAUGUCGGAGCAUUCUUACAUCGGUCCCGAUGGGAAGAUGGUCACGAUGACGUGCGGUUGCGACCCGGUGAAGGCCUUAAAGCAUAACUGUAGGGGGUGCGGGUGCAAAGGGCGCAAGUGCUCCCUCGCUUGCGGCUGCAGGGGCCGUUGCCAUUUGGCUCGCAAGCCUGUACCCGGUGCACCGACCGGCCAGGCCACGUACUCCGGUCCUGCCGGUGCUGCACACUCCGCAGUCGUUGCCAGCGCCAUGACGGCUCUUCUGGCGUCCCGGAACGCUAGAACGGACGAGGAAGAGGAAGACCCGGACGAUCCCGGUUCAGACGAUGACGACACCGGCCGUUCGGACAGUGACUCGGACGAUUUUCUGGAGCUGGAAGCGGAAGAGUCGGCUGACAGCGACUUAGACUCUGAUGAGUCCGACCCUGGGUGGGGCGGUGUCGGUGGGGUCAAUGCUCAGGACGAUGCAAACUCUGAGGGCGAAGCAUGGUUCUGACCGAGUUUCAUCAGGUGUGUUUGGCCAUCCUAUCGCUGUUCAUUUUUCUUCUUGNUCAAUGCUCAGGAUGAUGCAAACUCUGAGGGCGAAGCAUGGUUCUGACCAAGUUUCAUCAGGUGUGUUUGGCCAUCCUAUCGCUGUUCAUUUUUCUUCUUGUGUAGACUUGUGCGAGUGUUGAUGUCGCCUAGAUUUUUUUCGUCGCCUAGUGAUCAUGUUGGUGUAUCGCGCCGGUGCCAUACCGAGCCCACAUGAUGCGGUCUGCGUAUCGUGUUUCAGGACUUACUGGCUUCGACCCCCAGCUU